UGCCACUCUCUCUCUAUCUCUAUCUCUCUCUCGUGCCUUAGAAACUUUUUGCCCAACAAAGCAUUAUUUUUACUCCAUGAAACACCCUUCGUCUUUCACAAGGCUAUAAAUGCUAGAGAUUGCCCUUUUUUUCUGUGGUUUCUUUUCACCUUCUCUUAGCUACUAAGGCACACACAUUUAACCAUCGCGCUUUAUAUACAUACACAACCGCACACACAAAGUAUUAUACAUAUAUAUAUAUAUAUAUAUAUAAAUAUAUCUCUCUCUCUCUGUAUAGAUGUGCGUACAAGGUUGUUUUGUCGGAGCCUUGAAUUUGUUUGUGUUCAUAUCCAGAGGGAAGUUCUUGGAUUGUAGGGAAAUAGGGAGAGGAAGAGAAUCAAUGGACUUUUACACAUACCUAUCUCGUGCUUUGCCUUCUUCUCCUGCGUUUGCUUCUCUUUCUUUUGGGAAUUUGGCUGAUAGGGCCAAAGGAUUCUUCACCUCUGCCGUCUCUAACGUCAUUGGCAGUCUCUUCUCCGCCAUUUUCACCUUCUGCUUUACUUUGGUUGGAACCUUGUUAGGGGCAAUGACUGGAGCUCUGAUAGGCCAAGAGACGGAGAGUGGCUUCAUUAGAGGCGCUGCAGUUGGCGCUAUCUCCGGAGCUGUUUUCGCUCUUGAGGUCUACGAAUCAUCACGGCUGCUGUGGCAGUCAGAUGAAUCCGGGAUCGGGUGUCUCCUCUACUUGAUUGAUGUGAUUGCAAGCCUGAUAAGCGGUAGACUUGUUCGGGAGCGUAUUGGUCCCGCAAUGCUGAGUGCAGUGCAGAGUCAGAUGGGAGCGGUUGAAUCCGCAUAUGAAGAGGCGUCUAACAUCUUCGACACAGGCGGGUCGAAGGGCUUGCCGGGGGAUUCGGUUGAAAGGAUUCCGAAGAUUGUAAUCAGCAGCGACGACAAUGCGGAUGCUUCAGGGGAGAGAGUCUCUUGCUCGGUUUGCCUGCAGGACUUUCAGGCCGGGGAGACGGUUCGAAGCUUGCCGCACUGCCACCACAUGUUUCACCUUCCAUGCAUCGAUCCAUGGCUGUUGAGGCACGGUUCUUGUCCAUUGUGCAGAAGGGAUCUGUAGAGUAUGUAGUGACUGAAGUGAAGUGUUUGUUUGUAAAUAUAGAAAAACUUGUUUCAUUUUAUCCAUAUAUUUAUACUUGAUUAUUAUAGGUUUUUUUUUCUUUUUCUAAUUCAUUCAGCCUUUUUAUCAGCACCAAUUUUCCAGAAAGCCUAUGUAAUUAAUCCUGAGUAUUUAGUACUCGAAUUUGAUCAUUGUACUUGACCAUCCUCCUGUAUAAAAAGUUUUUUUUUUUUUUUU